AUGGAGCUGAGUGAUGCCAAUUUACAGACUUUAACUGAGUAUCUGAAGAAAACAUUAGAUCCAGAUCCUGCUAUAAGGCGUCCUGCGGAGAAGUUUCUGGAGUCAGUUGAAGGAAGCCAGAAUUAUCCCUUGUUACUCUUAACACUGCUGGAGAAAUCACAAGAAAAUGUCAUCAAAGUUUGUGCAUCUGUAACCUUCAAGAACUACAUCAAAAGGAACUGGAGAAUUGUUGAGGAUGAACCGAACAAAAUCUGUGAAUCAGACAGGAUAGCCAUUAAAGCCAACAUAGUGCCCUUGAUGCUUAGCAGCCCAGAACAAAUUCAAAAGCAGUUAAGUGAUGCCAUUAGUAUUAUUGGUCGGGAAGACUUCCCUCAGAAAUGGCCAGACUUGCUGACAGAAAUGGUGAAUCGCUUCCAAAGCGGAGACUUCCACGUCAUUAAUGGAGUCCUUCGCACUGCUCACUCUUUGUUUAAAAGGUACCGCCAUGAAUUUAAGUCAAAUGAAUUAUGGUCAGAGAUCAAACUUGUCCUUGAUGCCUUUGCUUUGCCCUUGACAAAUCUCUUCAAGGCAACUAUUGAACUUUGCAGCACACAUGCCAAUGAUGCUAGUGCUUUGAAGGUUCUCUUUUCUUCUCUCAUUCUAAUUGCGAAGCUGUUCUACAGUUUAAAUUUUCAGGAUCUUCCUGAGUUUUUUGAAGAUAACAUGGAAACAUGGAUGACAAAUUUUCAUAGUCUUUUAACUUUAGAUAAUAAACUUUUGCAGACUGAUGAUGAAGAGGAAGCUGGAUUACUGGAGCUCUUGAAAUCACAAAUUUGUGAUAAUGCUGCUUUAUAUGCUCAAAAAUAUGAUGAAGAAUUCCAGCCCUACCUACCACGUUUUGUAACAGCAAUCUGGAAUCUGUUAGUAACCACAGGCCAGGAAGUGAAAUACGACUUACUGGUUAGUAAUGCAAUCCAGUUUCUGGCCUCAGUUUGUGAGAGACCACACUACAAGCAUCUGUUUGAAGACCAGAAUACAUUGACAAGCAUCUGUGAAAAAGUUAUUGUACCCAAUAUGGAAUUUAGAGCGGCCGAUGAAGAAGCAUUUGAAGAUAAUUCUGAAGAAUAUAUAAGAAGGGAUUUGGAAGGAUCUGAUAUUGACACCAGACGCAGAGCAGCUUGUGAUCUAGUCAGAGGCUUGUGCAAAUUUUUUGAAGGACCUGUGACAGGGAUUUUUUCUGGGUAUGUUAAUUCUAUGCUGCAAGAAUAUGCAAAGAAUCCAUCUGUUAACUGGAAGCACAAAGAUGCAGCUAUUUACCUUGUUACGUCUUUGGCAUCCAAAGCUCAGACACAGAAGCAUGGAAUAACACAAGCCAAUGAACUUGUCAACCUGACAGAAUUCUUUGUGAAUCACAUUCAGCCUGAUUUAAAGUCUGCUAGUGUGAAUGAAUUCCCUGUGCUAAAAGCAGAUGGUAUCAAAUAUAUCAUGAUUUUUAGAAACCAAGUACCUAAAGAACAACUGUUGGUAUCUAUUCCUCUCUUAAUCAAUCAUCUACAAGCAGAAAGUAUUGUGGUCCAUACUUAUGCAGCCCAUGCUCUUGAAAGACUGUUCACCAUGAGAGGGACAAAUAAUACUACCCUCAUUACAGCUGCAGAAAUGGCACCAUUUGUAGAAGUGCUAUUGACAAACCUUUUUAAAGCUCUGACGCUUCCGGGCUCCUCUGAAAAUGAAUACAUUAUGAAAGCCAUCAUGAGGAGUUUUUCUCUGCUACAAGAAUCCAUAAUUCCAUACAUCCCUUCUGUCAUCACACAACUUACACAGAAACUGCUGGCUGUCAGUAAGAAUCCAAGCAAACCUCACUUUAACCAUUACAUGUUCGAAUCAAUAUGCUUGUCAAUAAGGAUAACAUGCAAAGCAAACCCUGAUGCAGUUGGAAGCUUUGAAGAGGCUUUAUUUAUGGUGUUCACGGAGAUACUACAGAAUGAUGUGCAAGAAUUCAUUCCAUAUGUGUUUCAAGUGAUGUCCCUACUUCUAGAAAUGCAUAAAAAUGAAAUCCCAUCAUCCUACAUGGCAUUGUUUCCUCAUCUACUUCAGCCAGUGUUAUGGGAAAGGACAGGAAACAUUCCUCCUUUGGUCCGACUCCUGCAGGCUUAUCUAGAGCGGGGAGCCAAUACAAUAGCAAGUGCUGCUGCUGACAAAAUUCCUGGAUUGUUGGGCGUGUUCCAGAAGUUGAUUGCCUCUAAAGCUAACGACCAUCAAGGAUUCUAUCUUCUAAACAGUAUUAUAGAGCACAUGCCUCCUGGAUCAGUUGACCAGUACAGGAAACAAAUCUUCAUUCUACUAUUCCAAAGACUUCAGAAUUCCAAAACAACAAAAUUUAUUAAAAGUUUCCUAGUCUUCAUUAACUUGUACUGCAUAAAAUAUGGGGCUUUAGCUCUGCAGGAAAUAUUUGACAGCAUACAGCCAAAGAUGUUUGGAAUGGUUUUGGAGAAAAUUAUCAUUCCUGAAAUCCAGAAAGUGUCUGGACAAGUUGAAAAGAAAAUCUGUGCUGUUGGCAUUACAAAAAUAUUAACAGAAUGUCCUCCUAUGAUGGACACUGAGUACACCAAGCUGUGGACUCCUUUGCUGCAGGCCCUCAUUGGCCUCUUUGAACUGCCUGAGGAUGACACUAUCCCUGAUGAAGAACAUUUCAUUGACAUAGAAGAUACUCCAGGAUAUCAGACUGCAUUCUCUCAGCUGGCCUUUGCUGGAAAAAAAGAACACGAUCCUGUAGGUCAAAUGGUGAACAAUCCUAGGAUCCAUCUGGCACAGUCUCUUCACAAACUGUCUACAGCGUGCCCAGGCAGGGUUCCAUCAAUGCUGAGCACUAGUCUGAAUGCAGAAGCGUUGCAGUAUCUCCAAGGAUACCUCCAAGCUGCAAGUGUGACACUGCUCUGAGUGCAUAUUCCACAAGCAAGAUCAAAAGGUGGUUUGUUACACAGGUUGACACUGACUUUUUUUAUAGCAGAGCUCAGACAAAAUGAAAAAUGCUACUUGAAAAUAUAUUGCAGAAUCCAUCUUGUAAAAGAUAAAUGUGGCUUUAAGUAGAAACUGAAAGAAUUUGGUGGUUUGUGGCUAACUUCCAUUCCCAGUUUAAUUUCAAAGGGAAUAGUCAUAGUGGUUUGUUAUGGGUUUUAUUUGAAAUCUG